AAAAAAAAGAAAAAGGAAGAAGAAAGAGGCGCGGAGAACUUCAAAAACCCUAACGAGUUGCAUAAAGCACUAUAUAUACAUUUCUUAAACCCUCACAUCCAUUUCUCUCAAUUCAAUUUUUCUUCCUCCUUUUUCCCCUUAGCUUUUCUCUUCGGUACCUGCAAAUGGACUCACCAAUGGAGUUUUGGGGUGUUGAGGUUAAGGUUGGGCAAAAUGUGAAGGUUGAUCCCAUGGAUCCAGUGAGUGCGUAUAUACACAUUUCUCAGGUUGCCCUUGGAGAGGCGAAAAAGGAAAAGGCAAAUGAACCUGUGGUUGUGUACUUGAAAGUUGGUGAUCAGAAGAUUGUUUUGGGAACCCUUAAAAAGGAUGAUAUCCCUCACCUUUCGUUGGAUUUGGUUCUCGACUCUGAUUCUGAGCUUUCGCACUCUUCGAAAAGUGCCAGUGUAUUUUUUUGUGGAUACAAAGUUCUGACGGACGACGGUAACAUUUCUGACUUUUCUGAUAGUGAAGAAGAGGAGGAGGCUCUUCCCUUGAAAGGUCAAGAUAAUGGGAAGCCUGUAACAAAAGCUGAAGGAGCAAAGGUUACCAAGCCCUCUAAACCUGCUUCCGUGAAAGGUGCAUCUGUAAAACAAAUAAAGACUGUUGAUCCAAAGAAAGAGGAUGAUUCUGAUUCUGACGAAUCUGACGAUGAGCUUGCUGGUAAUGAUGAAUCUGAUUCUGACGAGAUGGAUGAUGGUAGCGAUAGUGAUGAGGAGAGUGAAAGUGAGGAAGAGACCCCUGCGAAGAAGGGAAAGAAGAGACAAAAUGAGUCUGCCUCAAAAACUCCAAUCUCUUCCAAGAAAGCUAAAACUGCUACUCCUGAGAAGACUGAUGGUAAAAAAAGUGUACAUGUAGCAACUCCCUAUCCUAUGAAGAAAGGUGGAAAGACUCCCAAAAACGUCACAAAAGUGCAGUCUCCCACUUCUGCUGGACAACUAUCUUGUGGAUCUUGUAAAAGGAAUUUUGCCAACGAAGAUGGGUUGCAACAACAUAAGAAGGCCAAGCAUGGUGGUCAGUGAUAUUGCAUUUUAGCGUACUCAAGUAGUAAUUUUCCCUUGUAUUACUGUGAGUAGUUUCAGUUCGUUCGAAUUUUUAUCUCAAGGGCUGGGAAACCUUUGUUUAAAUAUGAACGCAAGGUGUGGAUUUUUCUUUUUGAUAUCGAUGAGGCCUAUGAUGGAUCUGCUCUUUUCAAAUCCACUUUUUUAUCA